GCCAAAGCGGUUGAAGAAGCAUCGUCGCUUCCGUGACCUUCAUAUCCAAAUCUCGCACCCAUGGCGCUCAUGACGCUCGCCGAAGCCAAGGACAACGCCGUGUCCAUCUUCUGGCUCAGCAGCCUCCUCUUCCUCUCGCGCGCGGCCUACGACUCGAGCUACAUGCGCGUGUGGGCUGCCACGUACGGCGACGGCGUCGUCAACGUCAUCUUGGGCUCCGCAGCGUUCGUUGCCUUUUGGCUCUUCUCGGCCAUCAUGAUGGUCAUUGACGCGACGCAGCCCGCUUGGGCGCAGCACUACAAGAUUCAGCCCGACAAGCACGUGACGGGCGAGCAGACGUGGAAGGGCUUCAAGAUUGCUGUGCGCAACCAGUUCCUCGUCUCGCUGCCCAUGUCGUACGUGUGGUUCAACUACGUGCUGCCGGCGCGCGGAGUCUCGCCGAGCGACCCGAUCCCGCCUCUGUCGACGGUCGUCCGUGACUUGCUGGUGUUUCUCGUGGUCGAGGAGAUUAUGUUCUACUACUCGCACCGCCUCUUGCACACCAAGCCGUUCUACGCCAAGUUUCACAAGCUGCACCACGAGUUUACGGCGCCGAUCGGUGUCGUCUCGAUCUACUGCACGAUUCUCGAGAUGGUCGUGGCCAACAUCUUGCCGCUCAUGACGGGGCCAACGAUCAUGGGCAGCCACAUUACGACCAUUGCGCCGUGGUUUACAUUUGCCGUGAUCAAUACGAUCAACACGCACUGCGGCUAUGACUUUCCAGGUCUCAACUCGCCCCUCCAGCACGACUGGCACCACGAGAUCUUCAACGAGUGCUUUGGGGUCCUCGGUGUGCUCGACACGCUCCAUAAGACCAACACCCGCUUCCUUGGCAAGCUGAACCUCGCCGCGUCCAAGGCGAAGAAGGCGUAAUCUCAGAAAUAUCCGCAUAAGGCUUACCCGGAAGCACCGAAUGAGUACUGCAUAUCUCGUCGUGGCGAGGGACUAGCGUGUUGCUUUGCAGAGGUUUUCGCGUUG